GGCUACUUCCCCGCCGCUCUAUGAUUUUCCCUGCAGGAGGAAGAAAGGCGAAAGAAAAAUAAGGGACUACUAUUGAGUGGAAGAGUGCAUGGAGAGAGGUUUUGACACUGAGCGAUUAAUUGUGUGGAAUCCGGCAACGAUGAAAAUGGGGGACCAAGACCUGGCAGGCCAUACCCAAGGGGAGGGCUUAGAAAGUGCCACAAAGGCUGGGAGUAUUGGCGAAGUCCUCCAGAGAAUACCAGGAGUCCAGCUGGUUAAACAGGAACCAGGCGAGGGGCUAUUUCAACACUGGGAAGCCCAAUGGCAGGAGUUCCUGAAGACAGUAGAGUCCCCUCAGUCUCACUGGGUAAUCCCACAGCUGUCAGAGGAGCCCUCGCCAUGGGAUGACGCUAAGGGCUUUCUGGCCUCCUUUGAACAAGUGGCUGAGGCCUGCCGGUGGCCCAGAGAGGAGUGGGUGAGCGGACUCUUGCCAGCCCUCAGCGGCGAAGCCGAGCAGGCUUUUCUUAGGCUGGACGUCAGUGACAGGGAGGAUUAUAGGAAGCUGAAGGCAGCCAUCUUGCAAAGGGACACCAUGAGGAGAGAGAACCAACGCCAGCACUUCAGGCGUUUCUCCUACCGGGAGGCCGAGGGGCCACGAGGGGCCUGCAGCCGGCUCCGUGAACUUUGCCAUGGGUGGCUGAAGGUUGAGAGGCACACCAAGGAGCAGAUCCUGGAGUUGUUGAUCCUGGAGCAGUUUCUGGCCAUCCUGCCCCCAGAGAUCCAGGACUGGGUGAGGGAACGUGGCCCAGAGACCUGUGCUCAGGCGGUGGCCCAGGCUGAGGAUUUCCUGCAGAUGCAACGAGAGGCCAGCAGACGGGAACAGCAGAUGCUGACCCUACUGGAAGAGGCAGCUGUGAGUUCCUCAAAGGCAGAGCAGACGCCAUCUGGCCCUGGAGAGAGAGAGCUGCCCAGGGAGGUCAAACAGGAGUAUGACAGGAAUGCCAAGUUAAUAGAUUACAUGGUGGUGAAUCAGUGGGAAGAGAAAAGCAGUCAGAUGGAAAACUCUGGCCUAGUCGAGUUGGAUGGGUCAUUCCAAAUAAGAGGAAUGGAGAACAUGGCCCAGGAUCGGGAAGAGGGAAGGGCCUCUGAGAAUCGGCACAGCCCAAAGAGGCAGCAAAGACACCAUUCAAGGAUCAGAACAAGUAAAUCCAUUCCCGGCAUGGCAAACAAGGCCCUCAGUGAAAGCUUCCUGUGGCACAAAGGAGAUACACACAUCAUGCCUGUGGAAGGCUUCAGAGAGGACUUGGGCCAUCCCAAGCAUAAAAGGGCCCAUAGUCAGGAGACCCCAUUUCAGUGUGCCAAGUGUGGGAAAAUCCUCAGCCGGAAGGACCACCUCAUGCGGCAUCUGCGCAUCCACAUUGCGGAGAAACCACACAAAUGCUCUUACUGUGGGAAAACCUUCUUUGAGCGCUCGGACCUUAUCAGGCAUGAGAGAACUCACACAGGCGAGAGGCCAUAUAAAUGCCCCUUCUGUGAGAAAAGUUUCAGUCACAAAUGGCUCCUUAUUAAACAUGAACGAACCCACACAGCGUAGAGCCCCAAUGAGUGCUUGCAAUGUGGAAAUAGGACCCUUUCAGUUUAUCACAAAUGAGAUAUACAGGUGAAACUCAGAAAAUUAGAAUA